UUCCUACCUGCUGGUAACUGAAGUCCCUGCAAUCCCAUAUUUCUCUUUAGUAAUACUGUAUCUGGGAAACUCUACAGAUCUCUGACCGUUCUUCCCAGAUAUUAUUUAUUACCUUCCUUCCCGACCGCACUUCCCGCGGCCAAGAUGUUUAAGAAAUCGAACAAGACGCUGACGGCCAACAUCCUCAACCGGCCGCCGGCUGAAAUCAGUGACCAUUUCGUGAUGGGGAAGGAGCUGGGGAAAGGACAGUUCGGCGUGACGCAUCUGUGCACGGAUAAGAAGACCGGGGAGCAGCUCGCGUGCAAGUCCAUCGCGAAGCGUCGUCUGUCAACCAAGGAGGAGGUCGAGGACAUCAGGAAGGAGAUCGCCAUCAUGCACCAUCUCGCCGGCCAUCCCAACAUCGUCACCCUCCGCGGCGCGUUCGAGGACAAGCAGAACGUACACAUCGUCAUGGAGCUCUGCGGCGGCGGCGAGCUCUUCGACCGCAUCGCGGCGCGCGGCCACUACAGCGAGCGCGCCGCGUCGGGCCUCGUCAAAACCAUCCUCUCCAUAGUGGACUACUGCCACCAGAAGAAGAUCAUCCAUAGGGACUUAAAGCCCGAGAACUUCCUGCUCUCGAACAAGCGUGAGGACGCGCCGCUUAAAGUGACGGACUUCGGCCUGUCGGUGUUCUUUAAGGACGGCGAGGUGUUUACGGAGACGGUCGGCAGCGCGUUCUACGUCGCGCCGGAGGUGCUGAAGGGGAAGUACGGCAAGGAGUCGGACGUGUGGAGCUGCGGCGUCAUCCUUUAUAUCCUGCUCAGCGGCGCUCCGCCCUUCUAUGGAUCGACGGAGAAGCAGAUCUUCAACGCGGUGCUCAAGGGCAACCCCGACCUGACGGGCGAGCCGUGGCCGCACAUCAGCGACGCCGCCAAGGACCUCAUCCGCCGCAUGCUCACGCUCGACCCGCUCAAGCGCAUCUCCGCUGCUGACGCCCUCCGCCAUCCGUGGGUGGCGGCGGACAAGGCGUCGGACAAGCCGCUGGGCGCUGCUGUGCUGAAGCGCAUCCAGAAGUUCAGCGCUGCUAACAAGAUGAAGAAGCUCGCGCUCAAGGUCGUGGCAUGCAACCUGUCUCGCGAGGAGAUCUCGGGGCUGAAGAAGAUGUUCAAGGAGAUGGACAAGGACGGCAGCGGCAGCAUCACAUACGACGAGCUCAGAGAGGGCAUGCGGCGCCUGGGCAGCCCUAUUCCGCCCGAGCAGCUGCAGCAGAUCAUGGAGGCGGCUGACGUGGACAACAGCGGCACCAUCGACUACACUGAGUUCAUCACGGCAACGAUGCAGAUGAACAGCGUCGAGAAGGAGGAGCACAUCCUCGCCGCCUUCAAGCACUUUGACAAGGACGGCAGCGGCACGAUCACAGUGAAGGAGCUGAGGGAAGCGCUGGAGGAUGAGGGCAUGCUGGAGCCGGGCGAUAUUGAGCAGAUCAUUGAGCAAGUCGACACCGACAGGAGCGGCACAAUCGACUACGAGGAGUUUGCCGCUAUGAUGCGACAGCAACAGGGAGCACCUGAAAAGCCACGCCGCAAGCAAGGCAUUUCGUCCUCGUACUAUUGAGAGUUAACAGAAAUUAUCGUUACAUGUGUCUGUACCGUCUCAGGAUAAAUUAGCUCUAAGUUAUUUAGUUCUUGGGUUCCGUUUGAAGGAUAAAUGCCAAGCGUUUGGAACCUUGAAUGUCCAUACCAUUUAGGCAACAAGAAUUUCUGCUACUUUUGUCACAUUCAUAGCUGGGGCUGUGGGUUUUGAACUUCAUAACGAUACUAUUUUCAACGCACCUGGUUUACU